CAUCAAAUGUGUCAUUACAGGUGGAACUUUGUUCUCUAAACGUAUCAAUUACAGUCGUAAGUUUGAAUAAAUUAUUACACAAGACGGCCUCUAGGGCUCUUUAAAAUUUACCGGCAUGACCCUAAUUGCCUAACGAGUUAAGUUCUUGAGCAAAUAAAUUACAACCACCCCUGCAUGUGGCUUGCAUUUCGUUAAAUUGUAUACGCGGCUGAUUCAUUCAGGGGUGUACCGUUAAUUAUUCAAUGUGUCAUCUAUCCCUUUCAAUUACGGUGCGAAGGACAGCGAUAGCAUGCUAACACGUCGAGUUUGGAAAAGAACGCGUUUGGUCAGUCGCGCGCGGGAGUUCACACAGAGCGGACAGCCCCGCAAUGCAGGACCGCUCCAAACUGCUGGCAGAAAUGCUCUCUCGAAGACACAACUUUCGAAUAAUUUUGAAAUUGAAGAGUUAAUUCGACGAAAUGAGUUAAUUACAUUUUUAAUUUUGUCACAUAAAUUUUUAUUUCAUUCAGUUGAUGCUCGUUACAAGGUCGCGCCCUUCAAUCGAUGAACAAUUAAAUACGACGUGUGACCACACAUCAGACUGUUUUUGACAUGUUUUUAUCAAGUGCCAACAAAAUAGAUAAGGAUAUAGACUGUUGAGUUCGUGAUUGAACGACAAAUAAACAUUUUCUUCUUCAUGGAAUAUGGGCAUCUGUUUAGACACCGAACAAAACAAUGAAGACUUGGAGACGGGCGAGCGCAGCCGCCGCGAGAGCACCUGGCCGUCGUCCCCCGCGGGAGCGGGGUUUCCGAUGCAGAACACCAGCCAUGUCAAGUUCGAGCCACCCAAUGUGCCGGUUAUAUUUGUAUUGGGAGGUCCGGGCAGCGGCAAGGUGACACAUUGUGACAAUUUCAUGCAGGAGCGCCGCGGGUUGGUGCACAUCAACAUGACUGAUCUGCUGCAGCAGUACGCUAUUGGAAAUGAUAUGCAAGAUUUCGGCACGCUGUCCAGCAAGACGGUAACAGAGGUUCUUAUGUUGGAAAUGAAAAUGGCGCCCGCGGCCAAGACGUACCUCGUGUCGGGGUAUCCUCGCUCUAUGAGGGAUGUUGCUGAAUAUUCGGAUAAGAUUCAAACGAUCAGCGGCGUGAUCCUCGUCAGCUGGCGGCAGCGUGUGCUCGAGCGGCAGAUCGAGUAUGGCGCUCGACUCGGCCACGUGGUCCUGAGUCUAGCGAGAAUGGAGUUGAACAACUUCUAUAAGAAUGUGAUGCCCGUGGCUGAUUACUUUGAUCAGAGUAAUGUGCUGAUUGCUGUAAAUGGUGAGCGAAACCCAGAGGAGGUCUACCGGGACUUCAGAGCUGCCGUGCUCCAAAUACUAUCGGCUGUUGAGGAUGAUGACAUGAACGGAGUUGGUAAUGGAGGCAUACCAGGUGAAAUUGUUGGUGUGGAACCAGCGCCAACAAGGCAUAGACCAGACUCCUUAAACGCGCAUGAUUUAGACGAUGACAUGCCAGCGACCAUUGUGCCAAGACCUGCGCAAAUGCCAAAUGGACAAGCCCUGCUAAAUGGCCAAACCAUGCCAAGUGGCCAAGCCAUUCUUAAUGGCCAAACUAUGCUAAAUGGACAAGCCAUGCCUAACAGCCAAAUCAUGCCAAGUGGCCAAGUGAUGUCAGAUCAUGGAGUACGUGAACAAGACAUGCCGACCAUGCCCAUGCCGAAAGUUAUGCCAGUGAAUGGAGUAAAUAAUGCUAAUCCUAAGGCAGAGGUAAUAAGAGUACGUGGUACAGCAACCAAGGUGCCGACAGUAUGGGUGGUGGGAGGACCCGGCAGUAACAAGGCUGUGCUCUGUGAAAGGGCUGUGAGUCAAAAGGAGGGGUGGAUGCAUUUUAGCCUUGGCCAAAAGCUCCGAGCAUUAGCAGAUGCUGGUGGUGGACCAGCAUCAGACGGAGCUCUAUCCCGCGCAGCAGUGAGUGGUGGGGAACUGGUGCCCAAGGACCUGGUCUUCAAGUUGGUGCGGAAUGUGGUGGCUGAUGCUGCGAGGAGCGGCCAGGGGCUGGUGCUGGAUGGGUGUCCUAGGGACUUGGAGCAGAUGACCUGGUAUCAGAAUGAGUACAAAACGGAACCCCGUAUGGUCCUCGUGGACUGUUCCAAGCUCCAACUUGGUCGUGGCAGACGAGAUGACGCAGUUGGUGCGUUCAGACGUCGACUCGAAUUGUUCAGAGAACUGAGUCUGCCAAUGUUGAAGCAUUUGGACCAUCAGCAUCGGUUGGUUAUUGUUGACGGUGACACGGAUUUAGAAGAAGUGAGAACAGAAUUCACAAGGAUUCUUCUAGAAGAAAUGGAGAAAAGUGAAAUCAUCGCGCAGAUACCUAACUCUGAAGCACAAAAUGGUACAUCAACAAUGCAGCAGUUCACGCACUCAAUGUCCCGCCUGGGGGCAGGAUUCGCUAAUGGUGUGCCCCACUUGCCCCACAAUGGGGCACAGAACGGGGUGCCUAAUGGUGUGGCCAAUGGGUUCAUAAAUUUGGGGAAUAAUAAGGUAAAACCAAUGGUGUCCACAAUGUCCCGAAUCCCGACCGUGUCUCAGAUGACGCAUGAUGACGUGCGACGUCUGUAUGAGCAGAGUAAUGGAGAGAUAUCUAUGAACACGCAUAUUUAGUGCGGGUAGUUGGAUAUUAUAGAGUUAUGAAGAUAUAGAGCGAUCG